CGGGAGUGUCUUGGAAGCGCUUGUGUGUGGAGCGGAACCCAGCCAGCGGCUUUUCAUCCAGCGGCAUUGGCAGCCGGUACUCCUUGCGCUGAGUAAGAGGUAGAAGGAGCAUGCAAUGGAUUACCGGGGAUCUGCUUUUAGAUGAAGGCUGAAGACUGGAAGAUCGUAAGCAAAAGCUGCAGCUUGUACUCAUGCAGGCAAGGUGGUGCCUACCUUUCAUGUGGAAAGCUGUCUUACAAAAACUGAGGUUGCGUUUUCCAGAGCUUUUCUAACCUCAUGAAGUUUUUGAUGGGUGCUCCAGGUUCUCCACAAACUGUAUUUAGGUCAUUAUUUUAUUUUUCUUCAAGCAAAGUGUUUGAUCGUGUCUCCAGUCAAGCCUUUUAAAUAAUAAUUUGUACACUCUGGGAGAUCUGCAGGAACCAGUCUUGUAAAAUGUAGCUUUUUGGACACAGAAGAUUGUCUGCUUUACAGCAGUCGCAUAUGGUGUGAUAGCUUCUGUAAGACAGAACAAACACUGAGGAAGCUAGCUAGUGCAAAAAGUGGACAAGUUGAGAAGAAACUUUUCUUUCCAUCUCCUUGGUUUUCUUCUUGCUUGGUGCUGCUGUUGGAACAAGAAUGGGUCAACUAUGUGGACGAUGCAUGCAGCUGCUGCGGGACUUCGUAGCCUUUGUCCAGAGGAUGUCCUCCGAUUUGGUGCACAGUGUCAAGGAAUGCUUGAUUCUGAUAAGCAAAUGCUCCUGCUUAAAACAAAACAGCUCUAAAACCAGGCAGCUGUACAAGCCCAUCCUACAGCCUCAUGAGAGGGUGACAGCACAGGAGUUUCUGCAGCACAUUGAAACCGGUUUUGAAAUGUCACCCCUUGGAAAGGACCCCCUGGAGGCCUUGAGGACCUUAGCCUUUUCAGAAAACCCAGGUUUACAGCAGUCAGCUGCCCUCUAUUACCUGCAUAUGAGUCAGCACAUGAACAUCCCCCUGCCUGUGGAGCAUCUGGAACCCUUCUAUGCCUUACUACGGUCUGCUGACCUGGAGGUGCAGCAGAUGUCUUCCUUGUCCCUUGUCAACUUCUUGCUGGAAGGACAUAUUGACAAAGAAUUAGUUGUUCAAAUGGGUUUACUUGAGCCAAUUCUGGAUCUACUUGAGUCAGAGGAUCCCACUGUCCAGUGUAAUUCCUGUGCCUGUAUCAUGACUUUGGCUGUUUCAGAGUCCAACCGAGAGGCUAUUGGUGCUGCUCGAGGAGUUACACCCCUACUGUCUCUUGCCAAGUCCUAUGAUCCCAGAGUCCAACAAAAUGCAGUUGGUGCUAUUCUCAACCUCACACAAUCAGAGAAAAUCCAACAGGUCCUAUGCAAGGAAGGAGCCCUACCACUUCUUGCCUUGCUGCUGGAAUCUCCUGACUCAGAAGUGCAGUAUUACAGCUGUGCUGCCCUAAGCAACGUGGCAGCCAACGUUCAGCACCACAGAGCCUUGCUGAGACCCGGUGACAGAUUCCUGCUACGGACACUCAUCUCUCUCCUAUCCUCUUCUGUGGACAAGGUUUCAAGCCAGGCAUGUGUUUGCCUAAGAAAUUUGGCUAUCAGUGCGGACAUCCAGGCCGAGAUGGUUGCUGAGAAUGUCCUGUCCAAGCUGUGCUCUCUCCUGGCAUCUGGCAGCGAGGACGUGCGUCGUGCCUCCAUCGCUCUGCUCUGGAUACUGUCCCAGCACCUGCACAACCAGGACACUCUGGCAUGUGCUGAGCUACUGCAGAGCCUGGGGAUGUUACUGUCGGUGCAUAAAACAGACCCUGUGAUUGUUGGACAUACUGCUUGUAUCAUCAAAAACCUGAGCCUUUCCAAAAACAGACAGAGAAUCAUGGAGAGCCGGUGUAUUGAAGGUCUCCUCCAGACCAUGCUUUCUACCGACACUCAAGAGGACUCCCUUUGUUACGUGACAUCUUGCCUUGCUGAACUUGCAAAGCAAGAAGGAGCCACACUACACAUGGUCCAAUGGAUGGAUGAACAUUUGACAAAGUGCUUGGUGAGACUGGCUGGCCAACUGGAACACACUGAGUCAUCCUUUCAAGCUGCCUCCAUCAUCCAGCACAUGAUAGGUCACGAAAAAAUGAUGCUUUUAUGGAAGCAUCACAUUGGAGAGAUUCAAGCGUAUCUCAAGAAUUUUCUUACCCACCGAGAGAUCCGGUUUCAGCAGCUGGGCAUCUCCACAUUCUGCAGACUACGAGAAGAUCCAGAAUUUUCAUUAGCAUUCAGAAAAAGCCAAAUGGCCAAACUCCUUGAGCAAGUCCGUCAACAAACAGAAGAAACUCAAGAGCUCCUUAAGGCAGCUAUUUGCCAUGAAGACAGUUAAGCCAAAUGGCUUAUGAAAACUUAUCACAUUCAAGAGUCUGAACUUUCAGAGAAAACAACUAUUUUCAUCAAUUCCUGUAGUUAAAAGUUUUCCUGCUACUUGCAGUUUCAUCAUACAGAAGAGAGGUUCUGAUAACAAGAACUGGAGCACGUCAAAAACCAAUUCCUUGAACAUUUUGGUUGGCUGCUUAAGUGUGCUUGAGGACAAGACUAUGGUCCUUUCCAAAUGGGGUGUGAAAAACACCCGUUAUGCUUGGUUAAUCCUCCAUGAUUUGUUUUUGGUUUCCUCACCACCACCCCCCUUCAAAAAAAAAAGCACUGUAUUCAUGAGGUUUUCUUCAUAUAACAGGCCAAUUCCUCUGAAGAGGCAUCUCAAGUAUGUGGGUUACUCUGCAUUCAUCUUUAUUUUGUUUCUGUUCCAUGCCCCUUAUUUCAGAGCACACUCCAGGGUCUUUGGAAAAUAACUGAAUUAACCCACAGUAUAAAAGUAGAAAACUACUAACAGGUUACUACAGAAAGUAAGUGAUGAGGGACAGUUCAGAAAUCGCAAGAAAUUUGUAAGAGACAAGAAUGGGGCAAGCCUUCCGGCCGAUCCUUGUCCAAACUAUAGACAGUACUCUCCAGCAGAGGAGCAAAGGCACAUUUAAGGCAAGUAAAAAGUUGCACAGAGCAUGUAUACAAUACAGUAGCAACCAUGAAUUAUUUGGGUGACGUGUUUGAAUACAGAGAUCUGUGUUCUGCAAAUGUUAAAUUAUUUCCAAAGGUACUUGCAACAGGGAAAAAGUAAAAAUAUUUGGUAAAAUUAGGAAUUGUUCUUGUACUUGGAUGCUGAUAACUUCAUUUUAAAAAGAGGUAAAGAACAAAAAACCUAGUAAUAUGUUUAAAUUCAACUAAUUUUCUUACAUGUAUACAGAAUAUGGGACAACCUCCCUCCUUCUCCUCCAGAGAAGAAGCUCUCUCACAAAUACUUAGCCAAUCAAAACAGUAUUUUUCAGGAAAAAAAACGUAGCACAGAGCUUUGAAAUUAUGGGGCACUGCUUUUUUAAUAUAGGUUUUAAUUUGUGAGAGAAUAGUAAUCUAAUAAUAAUAAAAAUAAUAACGAUAAAAAUAAUAAUCUAUUAGUAAUCCAAUUCCAUAUUUGAUCAAUACACUGGUUUUUGAAUACAAAAAUCCUCCUGAAGCUUCACGUUGAACUAGCUGGAAUACUGAAAUUCUGGAACCACUGUUAUAGCAAGCAUCUGCUGCUAGGUAGCAGUUUCUUGUGAAAACAUUUCAGAAGUUUCCUGACUGUCGUGGUGUAACCCCAGCUGGCAGCUCAGCCCCAUGCAGCCACUUGUUCACUCCCCCUAAAAGUGAGAAGACUUGUGGGUUGACAUAAAGACAGUUCGACAGGGAAAGCAAA